AUGUCACCCAAAGUUCUCCACGUCGGCAUCAUCGGUGGUGGCGACGUCGCUCAGAUCGUCCACCUUCCGACCUUCUUGUUCUUGUCGGACUUGUACAAGGUUGUCACCGUUUGUGACGUCUCGCAAAAGACAGCCAAUCACUGUGCCACCAAAUUUGGAGUCCCUCGUGCCACGACCAAACCCGCUGAAAUCUUCGAUGAUGCUAGCAUAGAUGUGGUGGUAGUCUUGACUUCGGACGAGUACCACGCGCCCUACACUAUCGCCGCCCUUCGAGCCGGCAAGCAUGUCAUGGUCGAAAAGCCAAUCACUCUGAGCUUACAGGCGGCGCAAGAGAUCAUUGAGACGGAAGGGUCAGCGCCAAAUGGAGCACGUGUCUUUGUUGGCUACAUGCGACGUUAUGCGCCUAGCCUGCAAGCGUUCAAGCGCGAGGUUGCGUCCAUUGGCAGCAUCAAGUACGCCCGUGUCCGAGACAUAAUUGGCCCCAAUGCCUACUUUAUAGGGCAGUCAGGCACUGAACCCAAGAAGUACCACGAUGACAUCCCCCUCGAGGCUUCGCAAGACCGAUCCGCGCGGCUGUCGGCGUUGCUUGAACAGGCGUGGGGAACGCCGUUUGGGGAUCUCAGCCCAGAGCAGAUGGACUACUGUUGCCUUCUUGCCAACCUGGGAAGCCAUGGCCUUAGUUUGAUGAGAGAAGUACUUGGUGGGCUGCCAGAGCGAGUCCUAGCUUCCACUGAUAAUGCUCGAUGGUAUACAGCCAUGUUUGAAUACAAGAAUCGAACAGACGCUCAGGAUCGAUUCACCUGCCUGUAUGAGACGGGUAUUGAUCAGGUGCCGCGCUUUGACUCGCAGGUUGCUGUCUUUGGGGAGACGAAGAGCGUUUCAAUUCGUUACGACACACCCUUUGUCAAGGGACUUGGUAUUACUGUUGAGAUUGACGAGCUCAAUGAACACGGGGAAAAGUGUCAUCGAACCCUGCAGACAUCGUAUGAAGAUGCCUACACGGCCGAGCUCAGAGACUGGUACGAGUGUGUGGUGAGUGGUAAGGAGAUCAAAACCACCGCCAAGGAUGCUUUGGAGGAUUUGAAGCUGUUCAAGAUGAUGAUGGAAAAAAGCGCUACCUUCGUGCCAUCGGGCCCAUGA